UGAAACAUAGUACUGUUCGUAGUAAACUCUAUAAUUAAAUAAAAAAUUGAUAGUAUUAUAUUCUUAUAUGAGUUGAUCUAACUAAGAAUAUAUUCGUUGAAUUGGUCAAAAGUUGCGUCCUUUUUUUCUAAAAGAAAAAGCAUCUCUCUUUCCUUUUCAAAACUCAUUCAUUCUCUGCUGUGAUUGAAACUUUUUACGUCAGGAAGGAGAAGAGAUAAUGUCUCAGACUGUGGUUCUAAAGGUGGCUAUGCCAUGUGAGGGAUGUGUGGGAGCUGUGAAAAGAGUCCUAGGCAAAAUGCAAGGUGUGGAGUCAUUUGAUGUGGAUCUGAAGGAGCAGAAGGUGACAGUGAAAGGCAACGUGGAGCCAGAAGCUGUUCUCCAGACAGUCUCAAAGACUGGAAAGAAAACCAGUUUCUGGGGUGCCGACGAGGCUGAAACCGCCAAGGCCUAAACUGGAAGAAGCCAAUAAAGAAUCUCUGUUAUCAUACCCCGAAAUAAUAUAAUAUCAUAUGUAAUGGAAACUCAAUAAAAUUUAUAAGCUCUGAAGGACCCUUAUGUUUUUCAAAGAAGAAAUGUUUGGUCUAAA